AGUAGCACCCUGACUAUCAGCUGAGAGACCACAACACCCACACUUUCCCAGACCAGGGCCAGUUUUAAGUGGCUAUCCGGGACUCAGAGCCACUUCAGCCUGAGCAACAUGCUUGAGACUGCAGAGCUGUACUUCAAUGUGGACCAUGGCUACCUGGAGGGCCUGGUGCGAGGAUGCAAAGCCAGCCUCCUAACUCAGCAGGACUAUGUCAACCUAGUGCAGUGUGAGACCUUGGAAGAUCUGAAAAUUCAUCUUCAGACCACUGACUAUGGCAACUUCCUGGCUAAUGAAACAAACCCUCUCACUGUUUCCAAAAUUGACAUGGAGAUGAGGAAGAAGCUCUGCAGAGAGUUUGACUAUUUCCGGAAUCAUUCCUUGGAACCCCUGAGCACAUUUCUCACUUAUAUGACAUGCAGCUAUAUGAUAGACAACAUAAUUCUACUGAUGAAUGGGGCAUUGCAAAAGAAAUCCGUGAAAGAAGUUCUAGCCAAGUGUCACCCACUGGGCCGUUUCACAGAGAUGGAAGCUGUCAACAUUGCAGAGACCACCUCAGAUCUCUUCAAGGCUGUGCUGGUUGAAACACCAUUAGCUCCAUUCUUCCAAGAUUGCAUGUCUGAAAACACUCUUGAUGAACUGAAUAUUGAAUUACUGCGCAAUAAACUAUACAAGUCUUACCUUGAGGCAUUCUACAAAUUCUGCAAGGAUCAUGGUGAUGUCACGGCAGACGUUAUGUGUCCCAUUCUUGAGUUUGAGGCCGACAGACGCGCUUUAAUCAUCACUCUGAACUCAUUUGGCACUGAGCUGAGCAAAGAAGACCGGGAGACCCUCUUCCCCACCUGCGGCAAGCUCUAUCCGGAGGGGCUGCGGUUGUUGGCUCAAGCUGAAGACUUUGAGCAGAUGAAGAGAGUGGCAGAUAAUUAUGGAGUUUACAAGCCUUUGUUUGACGCUGUCGGUGGCACUGGGGCAAAAACACUGGAAGAUGUUUUCUAUGAACGAGAGGUACAAAUGAAUGUGCUGGCAUUCAACAGGCAAUUCCACUAUGGAGUGUUUUAUGCAUAUGUGAAGUUGAAGGAGCAAGAGAUGAGAAAUAUCGUGUGGAUAGCAGAAUGCAUCUCACAGAGACAUCGAACUAAAAUCAACAGCUACAUUCCAAUUUUGUAAGCCAGUAUGCAGAAGGUCAUACAUGUUGGCAGGAAGUCACUGAGGAAAGGAAAGGGGGUUGUGUCACAUUAUCUAGAUUAUAUAAAAGGAAGUCAUACCACCUUUCCAUAAACUGCAUGUCCCCGGGAAGCCCAGUAAACAGAACUUGAAACAAAGGAUUCCUUUCUUGUUUUCAACAAGACUCAGCCAUUUUUUUCACAUUUAUGACUUAUUGCUCACUAGCCUCACACAUUCAUUUUAAUUGACCUUGUGGCACUCUUUGUACUUUCAUUUAGUCAGACCAAAAUCAUAGCUAAUCAGGUUCUUCACUCCUUCUUUUCCAUUCUUCUCCCCAAGCUCAAACACUGAGUAUCUGCUUUAUUUUAUGUGUUUGGCCCUUCCAUGCAUUCACAAAAAUGCAAAGCUGUGGGUAGUUAACAUACACCACGUUUGCUGAAAAAAAUGCUGCCUUUUUCCCCCCAAGACUUUUAGAUAGGUACUCCUAAGAAAGAUAGAUUCCCAGGAUGCAAGUAUUAUUAAAUGUAUUACUAAAUUAGAUUGUCACAAAACACACACACAUACACACACAAACACAAACAGACACAUGUAGAGUGAGAGAGACACAAAAAAGAUGAACAAAUUAAACAGAUAUCUAUAUCAGAGGUUCUAUCACACUUUAUUCAAGAAAACCCCACUAAUUGUACUUUGUUCCUUCAGAAGAUGUAGAUAUAGUAUGGUUGCUUCAUAAAGUUGAAACCAAUGCAGAGACUGCUCAGAAAAAGAAAACAGCGAGAUAUGCCUCCAAUACUUUCUUUAAGUAGGAAAGUGUUCUUAAAUCUAGUCUAUAUUUGCUAUGCUUCAAGAAUUAAACAUGUGCAGUCAACAUGAUGAAUCAGCAGGUAAGAGAGCUUGAUGUCAACUCUAAAUCCGUGAGUUCAAUUCCUGGGAGCUCACGUGUAGAAGGAGGGAACUACAAAGAACUACAAGAUCUCCUUUAACACGUUAAUCUUUACUUACGCACCCCCACCUCUUACACACACUUAUACAAGAAUUUUAAAGAAGCAUGCAGAAAUUAUUUGAACUAUUUUUACUAUAAGCUCUCUAUAUAAACAUGCUGUCUAGAACAGUAUGCAUAAACUAAGGAGCACAAUAUUUUUAUGUAGAAUAAUCAUUUAUAAGUAUAAAGAAAAAAAAUGAUUUGUUGAACUAAGAGGGAAGCCAGUGCCUACUCCGGGACUGCAGAUGCAGUGUACUCAGCUGCCUCCUGCCCAGACCAACACACCUUCUCCAGGGGACUCUCCUCACAAACCCUGACCCCAAAGAAACCCCUCUAAACUGUUCUAUCACAUAUUUUGUGGCAGCAACAGAGCAAAGUAACUAACACAGAAAACUGACACUGUAUUUGCUACAAUAAACUUGAUAUUGUGAUGGCC